UCUGCUCUCUGCCUUUCUUAAGGAUCAGCCUUCCCGAAAGAAAAAAAACAAGAAAAAAAACAAACAAAAAAAACAAGGCAAGAACCCCAGCAGAAGAUGACCACGCUCAAUGAUUGACUUGCAAAGGAGAAUUUUUGGAGGAUUUCUUUAAUUUUAUUUUUUUUAUAUCGUGGGGUUGUUUUCAGAUGAUGGACGUUAAGCAGCUCGCCAGAUGUCGUGGUGGCUUCCUUAUUAGCAAAGAGUUUGGAGUUCCUUCCAGAAUGUCACCACAAUCUUAACCGCAGGGACAAAAAAAGAAAAGGAGUCCAUCCAGAUCCUUGAAGGUCCUACAAGUCAGCUCGACAAGAAAAUAAAAAAAUAAAAAUAAAAAAAAGGUAACUGGACCCCCCGCUCCCCCCCUGCCCACCCCUCGCUCCCUUUCAGCUCAUUGAGAACAAGCAAAGGGGGGCAUUGUAAGGCUGCCAGCGUCCAAGAAGCUGAAAGCUACUGUAUUACCAGCACAGAGGGGUCCUUUUAGAGCCGCAUCUAAUUAGCCAAAACACAAAGCAAGCGGCUGAAUGGAGCUUGUCACUCUCUGGAAAAGAAGGGUGGGUAAGACACUUUUUUAAUUCAAUUCCAUCUUUUGUGUCCCCCCCCCUACACCCUUUUCCAUCAGCGUUUAACAUGAAAAAGCCCGAAUCACCUACCUAUACGAAUGAACUUUAAAUGCUGCAUGUUCCCGUCUGCUACCUGUCUCUCCGCUGCUGACCUAUGACAUGUAUUCUAUUCCAAUAUGAUGUAGACAUUGGCGACGAUUUCAAUGGACAUUCUCGAGAAAAUUUGGAAACGUAUUUGCUAAUGGAUUUCCUUCUCAUUGGUCUCUGUUUAAACUGGAUGUUGAGAAAGCCCCCGGGGUUAAUACUGUGCGCACUGGGCAUAUUUAUUAAAAUGCUUCCCCUGGUGAAUAGCGGCUGUCCGCGCGUGUGUCGCUGCGAGGGCAGAUUUUUGUACUGUGAAUCCCAGAAUGUCACCGAGCUGCCUGGCAACCUGUCGGGCGUGAUGGGCUUGUCUCUGCGGUACAACAGCAUCAGCGAGCUGCAAGACGGACAGUUCACGGGGUUAAUGCAGCUCACGUGGCUCUAUCUGGAUCACAAUCACAUAGAAACAGUGGAAGUCAAUGCCUUUCAAAAACUGCGUCGAGUCAAAGAACUCACGCUCAGCGCCAAUAAAAUAACCCAUCUGGCCAACCACACGUUCCGACCGUUGCCCAACUUACGCAGUUUGGACCUAUCCUACAAUAACAUACAAGCCUUGGCACCGGAUCUUUUCCAUGGUCUACGCAAACUGACGAGCCUACAGCUGCGUUACAAUGCCAUCAAGUUUGUGCCAGUGAGGAUCUUUCAGGACUGUCGCAGUCUGGAGUUCCUAGACUUGGGAUACAAUCAGUUGAAGAGCUUGGCCCGUAACUCUUUCGCAGGUUUGUUUAAACUUGCCGAGCUUCACCUGGAGCACAAUGACUUGGUCAAGGUGAAUUUAGCUCAUUUUCCAAGACUCCUCUCUUUACAUUCUCUCUUCAUGAGGAAGAAUAAAGUGACUAUCGUAGUUAACUCCUUGGACUGGGUGUGGAAACUAACAAACAUGGAUCUCUCUGGCAACGAGAUCGAGUACAUCGAACCUCAUGUUUUUGAAAGUGUACCUCAUCUUGAAUCCCUACUCCUAGACUCCAACCGCCUCACCUACGUUGACCCUAGAAUCCUCAACUCUUGGAAAUCUCUUACCAGCAUCACCCUGGCUGGGAACAGCUGGGACUGUGGACGUAAUGUGUGUGCCUUGGCCUCCUGGCUGAGCAACUUCAAGGGUAGGUACGAUGGCAACAUGCUGUGUACCACCCCAGAGUAUGCACAAGGAGAGGAUGUUCAGGAUGCUGUCUAUGCUUUCCACCUGUGUGAGGACCCAUCAGAUCCAACCAGUGCUAAUGCCAUUUCUACAGCUUUCAACAACAGUGACAAAAACGCCUACAACAGUGCCACCGUCACCACCAUCACCUAUGAUGUACAGGAUACAGAAGGGGAAAAGACUACAGACAACCUGAUGGCCACCAUGCCCAGCGAGCACCCCGAGAACACUGUCCAAAUUCAUAAGGUGGUGACGGGGACUAUGGCGUUGAUUUUCUCCUUCCUCAUUGUGGUUUUGAUGUUGUACGUUUCUUGGAAGUGUUUUCCGGCCAGCCUCAGACAGUUGAGGCAGUGCUUUGUGACACAACGCAGGAAGCAAAAGCAAAAACAGACUAUGCAUCAAAUGGCUGCAAUGUCUGCCCAGGAAUACUAUGUUGAUUACAAACCCAACCACAUUGAGGGAGCUUUGGUAAUCAUUAAUGAAUAUGGUUCUUGUUCCUGUCACCAGCAACCCGCCCGGGAGUGCGAGGUGUGAUCUUACCUUACAAUGGGAAUAAUAAGGAAACAUUGUGCAACCAAAUAACAAUGGCAGAUAGACAACAAGCUGGAGGGAUCUUCUUUGUCCGAUAAGCUCCCUGACUUGGCAACGGGAGGGGAUCUACUGGAAAGACUUGACAUUUUAGCUUUAUUGUGUCUUAAAAACCUUUCAGGACAGUGAGAUGUUAAGCAAACAAACACACACACACACAAACACAAAAAAUAUUCUGAUGGUACGAAGAUUUGUCUAUAUUCAGAAGAGUGUAAAAAGAGGUACCACCUUGAUUUCUUUUUUUGUAAACUACCAUGU